AUGGCCAAGGUGUUUGCGGGUGCUAGUAAUGAUGUCUUCAACAUUGUUGCCUCGACAAACACGGUGACUGAGCUUAUGAAUGCGGCAUGGGAAGACAAGUACCGGAUUGGUGGCACGACCCAGAAUUUUGAACCUGGACGUAUGAUAUCUCAAGAGACCCAUGACCAGGUUACCAAGACCUAA